UGUAUAAAUUAAUCCAGUAAAUGAAUUUCAUGUAGAUACAUGAAAUAAAUAAUAUGAGAAGUAUUAUCAAUGCAGAUGGUUGAUCCGGAAGCGGGUAUUUAUAUAUAUUUAUAUAUAUAGCGGUUGGAUGCUAACCUAGCUAGCUGGAUUCCCUGUUGCUAAGGUGACAAGGCUCCAGCCGCAGUGCAUUGCGGUGACGGCCGGGAGAAGACCACUAAGGUAAAAUAACCGAUAGGACCGGGGGGAAAGAAAGAAAUAAAGAAAAAAAAAUUGCCACUUGGAUUCAAAGACAUCGAACUUCGCCUUCAUUUUGAUUCAGAAUGGGGAAUAGAGACGACGAGUAUGAUUACUUGUUUAAAGUGGUGUUGAUAGGAGACUCUGGCGUGGGGAAGAGUAACCUGUUAUCUCGUUUCACCCGGAAUGAGUUUAACCUGGAGAGUAAGAGCACCAUCGGGGUGGAGUUUGCCACCCGCAGUAUCCAGGUGGAUGGGAAGACCGUGAAGGCUCAGAUCUGGGACACAGCUGGCCAGGAGAGAUACCGGGCUAUUACAUCAGCGUAUUACCGCGGUGCAGUAGGGGCCUUGUUGGUCUACGACAUCGCCAAGCACCUGACCUAUGAAAACGUGGAGCGUUGGCUGAAGGAGCUGAGAGACCACGCUGACAGCAACAUCGUCAUCAUGCUGGUCGGCAACAAGAGUGACCUGCGCCACCUCAGGGCCGUGCCCACCGACGAGGCUCGGACAUUCGCAGAGAAGAACGGUUUGUCUUUCCUGGAGACAUCAGCCCUGGAUUCUACUAACGUGGAGACAUCCUUCCAGACCAUUCUGACUGAAAUCUAUCGUAUCGUGUCUCAGAAACAGAUGUCGGACCGACGAGACAACGACAUGUCGCCUAGCAACAACGUGGUUAACAUCCAGGUGCAGCCGACGGAGAAUAAACCAAAGAUGCAGUGUUGUCAGAGCAUCUAACAGCAUCACCAAUACCACCUGAUCCCCUCCCCUAAAAGACUGCUUUGUCCUGUCUGACUGAGACACAGCUGCAUGGCCAGGCUCUAUACUGAGACCCAGCUGCAUGGCCAGGCUCUAUACUGAGACACAGCUGCAUGGCCAGGCUCUAUACUGAGACCCAGCUGCAUGGCCAGGCUAUAGACUGAGACCCAGCUGCAUGGCCAGGCUCUAUACUGAGACCCAGCUGCAUGGCCAGGCUAUAGACUGAGACCCAGCUGCAUGGCCAGGCUCUAUACUGAGACACAGCUGCAUGGCCAGGCUCUAUACUGAGACCCAGCUGCAUGGCCAGGCUAUAGACUGAGACCCAGCUGCAUGGCCAGGCUAUAGACUGAGACCCAGCUGCAUGGCCAGGCUAUAGACUGAGACCCAGCUGCAUGGCCAGGCUAUAUACUGAGACCCAGCUGCAUGGCCAGGCUAUAGACUGAGACCCAGCUGCAUGGCCAGGCUAUAGACUGAGACCCAGCUGCAUGGCCAGGCUAUAGACUGAGACCCAGCUGCAUGGCCAGGCUAUAGACUGAGACCCAGCUGCAUGGCCAGGCUAUAGACUGAGACCCAGCUGCAUGGCCAGGCUCUAUACUGAGACCCAGCUGCAUGGCCAGGCUCUAUACUGAGACCCAGCUGCAUGGCCAGGCUCUAUACUGAGACCCAGCUGCAUGGCCAGGCUAUAGACUGAGACCCAGCUGCAUGGCCAGGCUCUAUACUGAGACCCAGCUGCAUGUCCAGGCUCUAUACUGAGACCCAGCUGCAUGGCCAGGCUCUAUACUGAGACCCAGCUGCAUGGCCAGGCUCUAUACUGAGACCCAGCUGCAUGGCCAGGCUCUAUACUGAGACCCAGCUGCGUGGCCAGGCUCUAUACUGAGACCCAGCUGCGUGGCC